CUGACCAAUGACAAGUCAGCUUCGUUUCCCUCCGGGUUUCGGAUCAGUAGCAGACAUGGCACCACCUGUGAGGUACUGCAUCCCAGGUGAACGUCUGUGUAACCUAGAGGAAGGCAGCCCAGGCAGCGGCACCUACACCCGGCAUGGCUACGUCUUCUCGUCGCUGGCGGGCUGCCUGACGAAGACCAGCGAGAACGGCGCGCUUCCUGUGGUAUCUGUAAUGAGAGAAACAGAAUCCCGGUUACUUCCAGAUGUGGGUGCUGUUGUCACUUGUAAGGUCUCUAGCAUCAAUUCACGUUUUGCCAAAGUACACAUCCUCUACAUUGGAUCCACACCUCUUAAAAAUUCUUUUCGAGGAACUAUCCGCAAGGAAGAUAUCCGAGCAACUGAAAAAGACAAGGUUGAAAUUUAUAAGAGUUUUCGCCCAGGUGACAUAGUUUUGGCCAAAGUCAUUUCCCUAGGUGAUGCACAGUCCAAUUACCUAUUGACCACUGCUGAAAAUGAGUUAGGAGUGGUGGUAGCCCACAGUGAAUCAGGUGUCCAGAUGGUUCCCAUCAGCUGGUGUGAGAUGCAGUGCCCUAAGACCCACACUAAAGAAUUCCGGAAAGUGGCCAGAGUACAGCCUGAGUUCUUACAAACCUAAUAAGCAUAUUUUAUCCCAAUGAGGGUUUAAACUAUGUCGAAGAGUACAUGUAUGAAAAUAACAUCAAGAUGCCAUAACAUCAA